UUUGCAAACCAAAAGUGCUAAUUGUGUGGGGCUUGGGAGAUACAGCAAUUACAGUUGAGAGAGAGAGAGAGAGAGAGAGAGAGAGAGAGUGAGGAGCUGUAUCGAUGGAAAACUGGGCGAAGAAGAAGAAGAAGAACGAAGAAGAAGAGAACCAGUUCCAGCGUUUGCCGGACGACGUCGCAGUCAACAUCUUCGACAAGGUCUCCGACAUCAAAUGGCUGUGCCGAUGCUUCGUGGUCUCCAAGCGAUUCUCUUCCCUCAUCCCCCGAGUCCAAACCGUCUCCAUCAAAACGAAUGCCAGGGAUUUCCUUUCCACUCCUCGAGACUCCCACAAGUUAGCUGGAUUGAAUUCUUCGCCGUGGAAUGUUUGUGGCCCCGAGUUCUUCGCGAAGUUGACUCAGAUGCGAUCUCUGAAUCUCGACCUAGUCUCCGAUUUCGACGCUGACAAUGAUUCUGUUUUCAAAUGGGGUGCCAAAUUCACCUCAAAUCUCGACAGCUUCACGUUUCUCUACGCAGUAUCGCUCUCUAAAAUGAUGGAAUCUGAACAAGAAGAAGAGAACGACGAAACUGAGAAUGAGAUAACUCAGGAAGAGAUAACUCAGCGACUAUCUCUAGCCAUUGAGUGUGCAAAAGAGGCAGUGUUGUGGGUACGGAUCUUGUCUCGUGUUAUCCCGAAAUACGCGAUGCUUCAGAGCAUUACCAUUACCGGUUCGAUGAACAAAGGGGUGAGGCUCUAUUUGGGUGGUGAAAAGCUUGUGGAGUGCAGGAAUGCUUUCAGGAAUGCCAUUAAGUGCCCAGAAGAGACACUGCCACGGACGCAAGAGACAAUUAGGGGUGGGUCUGUGCCUGUUUUACGGCUCCCUAUGUCUGGGUAUGUGAUGAAAGGGGUGGCCAUUGUUCACUUCAAACUGUGUAGUGGUGAUGAUUCUGAGUCUGACGCCCAGUUGGCCAUGGUGGAUGCGUUCGUGGAAGAACAAGGUGUUUUUUCAGAAGCCGUGGUGCAAAUUGUGAAAAACUACAAGGACGAAAACAAGUUUUUUUUUCGGAAGCCUUUUGUGGGUAGAUUGAUUUUUGGGAAGCCGUGGUAUGAAUUCUGAAAAAUUACAAGAACGUUAUCGUAAUGUUUGUUAAUGCUUUAAUUUGACUUACCAAGCUUGGCCUGCAACGCUAGUCAGUUGAUUAUAAGACUAACAACCGUAAAGUAGUAUAUGAACAUGAAUUGUUCUAAA